AUGAAAGUCACAGCAGAAAAGCCCUUUGAAAACAGGGGGGCAUCAUCUGCCCCAAGACAAAGGUUCUCUUUCAUUGAGCAAAGUGAAUUUGAUGAGGCUUCGUCGGAGACCGAAGAUGAUGAUAGUGCCAGCGAUGAAGAUGGCGACGAAUUUGAAGAACUUCAAUUAUCUAGGGACAGCCUUCAAGCAUCCAAAUUCAGACACGACGGUGACUCAGGGAACUUCAUUCCCAAAUUGCAAGCGAGUGACUCCACUUCAAAUUCCUUCGAUAAAUUGCCUACAUUUACUCGGGAUAGGUAUGACUUUUGGACUUUGGAGUCGGGGGUCUAA